AAACAUCCUGGCGUGUUACUGCUGCAGCUCCUGGUCCACUGAUCGAGUGCUCCCUGCCCCACAGCCUGUAUCUGAUCGUCAUACAGAGGUUUCCCCCCCUGCUGCAUGCGUAACAUCUCUCCAGGUCCAGCCGUGGUGCUCACCAAGACCUCGCCGCUUGGAUCUCAUCUUCCUACACGGAAUACGCACGACUCACGCAGCGAACCGCUCAGGCGAAAUUAAAACGCAAGGAUUUACCUCCCCGGGUUCAGUCCAGACCGAAACGAGGCUGGGAUUUCCUCUUAUCAUUUGAUAUUUGAAAGAUCCUCUUUUUUUGUGUGCGUGUGUGUGUGUGCGUGUGUGUGUGUUGGGUGGAGUCAACCCGGAAUUCUCCAAAUUGGAAAACCAUUGGCACAUUUCAGGAGCACCAUGAAGGACGGUAUCGCCAACAACAGCACAGCCAGCAUCUCCCACGCCAGGAAAGCUGUGGAGCAGCUGAAGAUGGAGGCCUGCAUGGAUAGGAUAAAGGUGUCCAAAGCAGCUGCAGACCUGAUGGCGUACUGCGACGCCCACAUACGCGAGGACCCCCUCAUCAUGCCCGUCCCCGCCUCCGAGAACCCUUUCCGGGAGAAGAAGUUCUUCUGCACCAUCCUCUGAUGACCUGCCGGUAGAGCUGUACGGCUGCAGGCAUGGCGUUGCCUGGCUUCUCUGUCUUCACCACACCUGAAGCUACUGGCCAUAGGCGUUGAGUUGAGUUUUGCCAGGUGGACACUCUGUUGUUGGUCAGCUCUGUCCUGGUGGCUAAAGGUUUUGGGGGAGUCAGCUACCAAACUGGCAACCCAGUGAGCGUAUCAUGUCUUGUUAAAUAGGUUCGUUAUUGCUUUGUUAUUAGAGAACAGCCUUGCUCAGUGCUUAAUGAGAUGAGAGAUGUUUUUUCUUCUUUUUUUUUCUUAAAUUGUGCUAGAUCUUAACAUGCCUCAGGAAACAGAAAUUUGCCCAGUGUCUAUGACUUUUUUAAACAGUUAUUUCCCUUCCCUUUAUCUGAAUAAAAGAGCGUUCAUCUUUGUAUUAUCUGGAACAUAAUUUAAGUUAGUUUUUUCACUUCCUUUCAGUGAACAGGUCUGACUAUUUGUAGCACCACUUACCGAAAGUACUACUGAAAUUUGACACUUCCCUUAUUAGUGGCUUCUCUUUUAAUUUUCCUCCACAGUCACCAAUGAACCUGCUCGUGUCAGUCCAGAAGUAUGUUCCCACGGACUCAGAUUAGAGCGUGGGAACAGAAACGUUAUCUCAUAUAGUAAAUUAUUUCAGUUUGUGCAAACUGCAUUCGUAAUAUGAAGGAGGUGGCUACACAUCGGCUCUGCUGCAAAUAAAUAAACAGAGUAUUUAUUGAAAGGUGUGGAGCUAACGUUUCAACAGCUAGAUGAGUUCUUCAGAGUUAUCACUGUGCAAACAACUCUUAAGUCAAAAAUAAUUUAUGAAUCUGCCACCUCCUUCCCAGGCCCGCUCUAAUGCAUUCUACCUUUACUGCGCUGUUUGAUUUACUCUUCAUAUAGGCUACUUCAAAUCAGAGAAACUGUCACUUAAUCCUGCAGCCCCCCCCCCCCCCCCCCCCCCCCCCCCC